AUGAACCCCGAGUACGAUUACCUGUUUAAGCUGUUGCUGAUCGGGGAUUCGGGUGUGGGUAAAUCCUGCCUGCUGCUGCGCUUUGCCGACGACACUUACACUGACAGUUACAUCGGUACUAUCGGGGUGGAUUUUAAGAUUCGCACAAUCCAACUGGAUGGUAAGACGGUGAAGCUGCAGAUCUGGGAUACCGCUGGCCAGGAGCGCUUCCGCACCAUCACCUCAAGCUAUUAUCGCGGGGCCCACGGCAUUAUCUUGGUGUAUGAUGUGAGCAACCCUGAGUCCUAUGCCAAUGUGAAGCAGUGGCUGGUCGAGGUGAAGCACUAUGCUAGUGAAAGCUCCAGCAAGCUGCUGGUGGGAAACAAAAGUGAUCUUGUUAAGCAGAAGGUGGUGGACCCUGUUGCGGCCAAGGAGUUUGCUGAUUCCCUUGGCAUCGCCUUCCUGGAGACCAGUGCCAAGAACUCGACUAAUGUCGAACAAGUCUUCUUCACCAUGGCCACCGAGAUCAAGAAACGCAUGAGCGGGCCCGUUUCCACUGAAGAGCUCUCUACUUUCAAGAUUGACAGCUCUCCUGUGAAGCCAGCAUGUAGGGGUUGUUGCUAA